GGCAGGAAGAGGAGGAGGAGGCGGCGGGCGGCGCGCCUGGGCCGGGCCCGGCCCGCGGAGCCCCCGGUGGGGAGCGGCUCCAUGGCGACCGCGGCGGUGGAACCGGUCUAUGGGCUCUCGGAGGAUGAGGAGGAGUCUCGCAUCCUCAGGGUGAAGGUGGUGUCCGGCAUCGACCUGGCCAAAAAGGACAUCUUUGGAGCCAGUGACCCCUAUGUGAAGCUCUCCCUGUACGUAGCAGAUGAGAACAGGGAGCUGGCUCUGGUGCAGACUAAAACCAUCAAGAAGACGCUGAACCCAAAGUGGAAUGAGGAGUUUUACUUCCGAGUGAACCCCACCAACCAUCGGCUCCUGUUCGAGGUGUUUGAUGAGAACAGGCUGACCAGGGACGACUUCCUGGGCCAGGUGGAUGUGCCCCUCAGUCACCUCCCGACCGAAGACCCCACCAUGGAGCGGCCAUACACCUUCAAGGACUUCCUAUUGAGGCCCAGGAGCCACAAGUCCCGUGUAAGGGGCUUCCUGAGGCUGAAGAUGGCUUACAUACCCAAGAGCGGUGGCCAGGAGGAUGAGAGCAGCGACCCAAGGGAUGACCCCGAGCACGGCUGGGAUGUGCUGGACCCCAGUGACUCGGCCUCCCAGCACCAGGAGGAGCUGCCCCCUCCAUCACUGCCCCCGGGCUGGGAGGAGAAGGUGGACAACCUGGGCAGGACGUACUACGUGAACCACAACAACAGGAGCACCCAGUGGCAUCGCCCCAGCUUGAUUGACGUGGGCUCGGAGUCCGACAACAACAUGAGGCAGAUCAACCAGGAGGCCGCCCACCGGCGCUUCCGCUCCCGCAGGCACAUCAGUGAGGACCUGGAACCGGAGCCCAUGGAGAGCAGCGACGUUCCAGAGCCCUGGGAGCCCAUCUCGGAGGAGGCAGGCGCGAGCGGAGAGGCCCUGAGCCUGGCGUUGCCACCUCCUCCUGCAUCUCCAGUGGGGCGGCCUGGGCCUCAGGAGCUCUCGGAGGAGCUGAGCCGGAGACUGCAGGUCACCCCCGAGGCCAAUGGGGAGCAGCUCAGCUCAUGGAGCCAGAGGGAUCCUGGGGCCAGACUGAGGUCCUGCAGCGUCACGGAUGCAGUGGCUGAGCAGUCCCAGCUCUCCCUGGCUGCCACCCCUAGGAGGCCCCGUUAGCUGUCCCAAGGUACCAACGCACCCCCGUUGCUCCCCCAGCCCUCCGUGGCCUACAUCCACACCACCCCAGGCCUGCCGUCGGGCUGGGAGGAGCGCAAGGAUGCCAAGGGCAGGACCUACUACGUGAACCACAACAACCGCACCACCACCUGGACACGGCCCAUCAUGCAGCUGGCAGAGGAUGGGAUGGGGGGCUCAGGAGCCAACAGCAGCAACCACCUCAGUGAGCCCCAGAUCCGGCGGCCCCGCAGCCUCAGCUCGCCCACUGUGACCCUCUCUGCACCCCUGGAGGGCCUGAAGGAGUCCCCAGUGCGCAGAGCAGUGAAGGACACCCUCUCCAACCCCCAGUCCCCACAGCCCUCCCCUUACAACUCCCCAAAGCCCCAGCACAAAGCGGCCCAGAGCUUCCUCCCUCCCGGCUGGGAGAUGCGCAUCGCUCCCAAUGGGCGCCCCUUCUUCAUCGACCACAACACCAAGACCACCACCUGGGAGGACCCAAGGCUCAAGUUCCCGGUGCAUUUGAGGUCCAAGACAUCCCUGAACCCCAAUGAUUUGGGCCCUCUUCCUCCUGGCUGGGAGGAGCGCAUCCACCUGGAUGGGAGGACCUUCUACAUAGACCACAGAAGCCAGGUGUUGGUUUGUGGAGACAUUGAUCCCAGAGGCUUAGUGCCCUCGUACGACAAUAAGAUCACCCAGUGGGAAGACCCCAGGCUGCAGAACCCAGCCAUUACUGGUCCAGCAGUUCCCUAUUCCAGGGAGUUCAAGCAGAAGUAUGACUACUUCCGGAAGAAGUUGAAGAAACCAGCCGAUAUCCCGAACCGCUUUGAGAUGAAGCUGCACCGGAACAACAUCCUGGAGGAGUCGUACCGCCGCAUCAUGUCCGUCAAGAGGCCCGACGUGCUCAAGGCCAGGCUCUGGAUCGAGUUCGAGGCCGAGAAGGGGCUGGACUACGGCGGCGUGGCCAGGGAGUGGUUCUUCCUCUUGUCCAAGGAGAUGUUCAACCCCUACUACGGGCUCUUCGAGUACUCAGCUACGGACAACUACACCCUUCAGAUUAAUCCUAAUUCAGGUCUCUGUAACGAAGACCACCUGUCCUACUUCACCUUCAUCGGCCGCGUGGCCGGGCUGGCCGUGUACCACGGCAAGCUGCUGGAUGGCUUCUUCAUCCGCCCUUUCUACAAGAUGAUGCUGGGGAAGCCCAUAACGCUGAAGGACAUGGAGUCAGUGGACAGUGAAUACUACAACUCCCUGAAGUGGAUCCUGGAGAACGACCCCACGGAGCUGGAUCUCAUGUUCUGCAUCGACGAGGAGAACUUUGGCCAGACCUACCAGGUGGACCUGAAGCCCAACGGCUCCGAGAUCAUGGUGACGAACGAGAACAAGCGGGAGUACAUCGACCUGGUGAUCCAGUGGAGGUUUGUGAACAGGGUUCAGAAGCAGAUGAACGCUUUCCUGGAGGGAUUCACAGAGCUGCUGCCAAUUGAUCUGAUUAAGAUUUUUGAUGAAAACGAGCUGGAGUUGCUGAUGUGUGGCCUCGGUGACGUGGAUGUCAACGACUGGAGACAACACACCAUCUACAAGAACGGCUACUGCCCCAACCACCCCGUCAUCCAGUGGUUCUGGAAGGCUGUUCUGCUGAUGGAUGCUGAGAAACGGAUCCGGCUGCUGCAGUUCGUCACGGGGACCUCACGUGUGCCUAUGAAUGGAUUUGCUGAACUCUAUGGUUCAAAUGGUCCUCAGCUGUUUACAAUAGAGCAAUGGGGAAGUCCUGAUAAGCUGCCCAGAGCUCACACAUGCUUUAAUCGCCUCGAUUUACCUCUCUAUGAAUCCUUCGAAGACCUGCGGGAGAAGCUCCUGAUGGCGGUGGAGAACGCGCAAGGCUUCGAAGGAGUGGAUUAGCUGCCCCACCUCCCCCUGCACACACUCUGCUUGGCCCGAGGGCCCGUGGUGACUCUGGCACAGCCGUGCCCGGCGCUGCCCCACGGAGCAAACCCCACGGGGUCCCACUCCAGGAGUUGAACUGUGCCCUGGGGGUGCCAGCCCCGUGCCAUGGACUGAGGCCGGUCCAGCAGGACUUGCUCUAUUUAUGUUGUGCCUCUGUAGGCAAAGCCCUUAAUAAAUAUUUUACAUAAUUUCUAAUGGCAAUGAAUGGGAUUAAUCCUUUUCCAGGUAUAGUAUUCCAGCUCCUGUUUACUUUUCCAUUGAUUUAGCCAGUUUCAGAUUUUAUUUCCUUACAAUUAAAUAUCAUCUACUUGGACAACUGAGCAUUUUUCUUAAUUUCGUACCAGACUGGAGGCCAGUGGCAUUCUCUCACAGCACACUUUGAGCCUCGUGUUCCCCAACCAUGAAGGAGGUAGGAAGAGGCUGGGAAGCUCCUCGACGUGGCUGCGUGGCGAGAGCAACUCCUCACUGGGCACAGCAGUGUUUUCCUGGCUCCAGAAGCACGGACUGGACGUUGCGUUGUGUAUAAAUACGGGGCUGGUUCCAGGCAGGGGAGCACCACACACCCCAUAGCAUGCCAAAUCUCAUGUCCAGUAACCAAACUGCUGCACCACUGCUAAUACUUACAUGGACUGUAACUACUAUGUGGGCUAGGGUUGGCAUCAAGCAUUUCAUGUGCUGAACCCUGGCCUUACCUUUGUACAGUGGUUUUGUAUCUCCCUUCCCUCUUUGGCGGCAUUGGAUGGAUCCUGGCACCGUGGGAUUUGGCACUAUGGAGAACCAGCCUGUUUGGCUCAGCUCUGUACGUGUUUGCUGCCAACAGCUAACCACCACCGGGGCUGGGUUUGUUUGGAACUGCACCGACUCUAAAGGCACUUUAUGUAACCCAUGGAAAGUCAUAUCUGGUUUUAUCAGCACAUUAAUGUGAUUCUGUUCUCACUGCACAUGUCUCUCUGGUGCAAUAUCUAUCACUUGUGAACUUGCUGCUGCUGUAUAAAGGAAACCCCCAGCUGUAGAGCUGAGCCUGCAGACAUGGUUCUGUGAUUUCUUUUUUACUUAAUCACAAAGAUUUAUUUCCUAUACUCUGCUCUCUCUCCAUUUUGUUACCUCUGCCAUGUUGCAUGCCUGAACGAUACUGUCCGCGUUGCAUCUCUUUUGUGACGGAUUAAAAGUGACAAUUCCUA